UGAAGCUGCUGUUGGUGAAUUUCUUCGGGCACUUUAUCAAACUGAAUACCGGAUUGGACGUGAUUACUGGCACUGGCGUAGGACUAUACCACCAUGUCGAACCCUCCGCCAGAAGACGUUAACUAUCCGUUAGGGAAAGGAGCAGAUGGUCCUCCAGGGUACAUAGGGCCACCUCCAGGUCAAGGACCGCCUCCAGGACAAGGACCACCGCCUGGACAAGGACCACCUCCUGGACAGGGGCAAGGACUUCCUCCUCCAUACCAACAGAACAAUGGUCCACCGCCACCUCAGCAGGCCUAUGCCCAACCAAUGCAUGCCCAGCCCAUUGGAGCAUACGGAGCACCCCAUCUAGGUGGACAAACCACUGUGGUAGUGACCAACCAGCCAGGGGGAAUGCAGCCAGUAUUCGGGGAAUUUUCAACCCCGGGUACAUGUCCACACUGUCGAGCCACUGUAAAUACCGUCGUCUCUUAUGCUACCGGAACUUUUACAUGGGUUGUUGCAGGAGUCAUGUGCUUAGUCGGGUUGAUUCCCUGCUGCCUUAUUCCAUUCUGUAUUCAGGGGAUGAAAGACGUGGUUCAUACUUGUCCAAACUGCAAAAGUUUCCUUGGGAAGCACUCGAAGAUGUAAUCAUGACGCCAUAUUCAAAUAAUUCAUAAUCGCAAUUCGCAAUGUUCUUAUGAGCAAUAAUUUUACCGUUGUUAUUUCUGAACUGAAUCAUAUAUGGCUUUCGACCAGCUUUACGCUUCUGAGAUAAUGCCACCUCAUGAUUUCUGCUGAUGAAAUACGCAGUGCUGGUGCCUAAAGUAGGCAUAGAUGGACUUAAUCGGUCGACACUGACAUGGACUUCGACAGAAAAUUAUAUGGGGUUUUAAGGAAUA